GUUUAUUGUCGUUCAAGUAUUCAGAAGGACGUACACAUGCUAAAUCAACACUUCGGAUUAAACAGGCACAAGCAUUUGCGCCAUAUCGAAUGACACUGUAUAUAUUGUACGACACGUCGAAGCCAGGUCGAUUAGAAUACACUCUAAUCUCAUGAAACUGACCUGGUUUCAUUUUGAUAACGAGUCGAGGGAAGUACUUGACACAUCGUUUCGUCACUUGAAACGGACGGCCAUGAGGACACUCUCGUCAUAGACUGGAUAGUUGAGAUGUGUCCUUCGAAAUAAAAUCUGCUUGAGCGAAGGGUUACACAAACGGACCAUCCGAUGACGCGCAUGUGGCGUGGCGGUAUGCUAUGGUGCUCGUGUUGCACAAAAUGUGUGGAAGGCGUCCCUAAACAGAUCUUUCUUUUGUAUGCUCUUACAUUUCUCGUUUUCCUCCCUCUGAUAUGCGUCAACCUUCGCCAUUCUUUGUACCACCUACGUUUACACGAUGCAGAGGAAGAAGAAAGGCGCCUGAUCACUGAGAACGACCUACGAUUGGUCGAAAAUGAACAAAUCGUCAAGAAAUACAACGAGUCUGUGAUUAAAAAUAGCCAAUCAGGGCCUUUGUUACAUUCUGAGGAUGUAGAUGUUGGAAUUACUGUGAUAACGGUUUCGCGAAAUCGGCACCGUAAAGGCGGCUACAAGCCAAAGUAUCUGACUCAAGUUGUCGGCCGAUUACUCGGUCUGUUAAACAACACAGCGAAUCAUUCCAAACGGAAAUACGGGUUGUUUGUGUGUAACGUUGAUGAUCACCCGGAGACAUACGAUGAACUGAAGCCUUUGAAAAUAAUCCUGCCAACUUUUCAAAUGUAUCAAAAGACUCGAGAUUCCAAAAUUGACAUUUUCGAAAAAGAGAAACGGGACUACAUCUUCUGUUUGGAGGAGACUCUGAAACUAAACGCCUUGUAUGCAUUUUUGGUUGAGGAUGACGGAUAUCCGCACAAAGACCUGAUCCCAGUUUUAGAGCGAACCAUUGACAGUCACGUCGAACAAAAAGCCGUGGCAGAGUUUUCACCAAAAGUGUUACCGCGAAAUGUGACGUACGUGAAAUUCUACCACCCGGAACGGUUGCUAGGAUACAUAAGUACUGAACUGGAACGACUUCCGGAGUUGUUUGCAGUUAGUUUCGUAUUCGGAACUCUGAUGGUUAUUUUAUACGCGCACUUUGUUCUGCAGUGGACUCGGAAUAAUUUGAAGGUGAUAUGGUUUGUUUGUGUUCUUUAUUGUGGCCUUGUGGCAUUGUUCGUUGGGCGCGUCAACCUGAUGGAGAUGCGCAGGAUGUCUGUGCAGACGUACCAGGUGACCUCGGCGCCAUCUUGUUGCACGCCCGCCAUGUUGUACCCUAGACAAGGUGGUCGUGAAAUUGUGAAACGGCUGAGUGCGGUUACGUGUAAAAGAAGGUACGGAAAAGAUAUGGCUCUGGAGGAUAUUCGCAGAAGACAUGGUUACACAGCCUUGAUGGUUCAGCCAAACUUAUUUAAGCAUAUUGGUCUUUAUUCUUCUCUAAGGAAAGGGGUAAUUGAUCCUUUUAUAAUCUAACCAACGCUGUUCGUUGUCAUUCAUGAUUCAACUUCUACUUGCACAAUGUUGAUGUCAGUUUAUCACACCAGUUGCAGUGUAUUAAUGAUUUCUUUUACAGUGCAAUUACUCACAAUGGGUUGAUAGAAAUUAAUAGCGAAAGUUACCACAAAUACCAGAAGUACUACAUGAAUAUUUCAACAACAUUAUCCGGCAACAUUAUCAUGGGUACACAGAAACACAGGAAAUUUGACUUCCUCAUUUGUCUCUUAAAUCUCUCAUAUUAUGGGUGGUACGUACACAUUAAAAAAGAAACAUGUAUACUGACAUUUAAGGAUGAAAUUAGUAAAAAAACAUCUUAUUUUAGUUAUGUUCUAAAAAGAUAAGAUCGAACUUUCAGUCUGUCGGGAAACAAUUCUGACUUGCCAAACCAAAACAUAAUGAGGAAAUACACUCUUAGUACUGUUUUUCUUACCAAAAUAUGUUUGUCCGUCUUGUCCAGCCAGAAAACGGUGACGUUUUCAUUUUUGGUUCGUCCUCCUGAAAGUAUAAUAUAUGGCAAGUCACCCAAUGAGUUAAUAUGAGAUUUGACAGGAAAGGCUAUCAGUAUCCUAUCUGUACGUUGACUAACUCUCCCCUAUUGCCGGGUUAACCCGUGAAGAUCUGGGUUAGAAUUGGUCUUCAGUAACCCAUUCUUGUCGUACGAGGCGACUAACGGAAUUGGGUGGUCAGGUUUCU